ACACUGAUCGUUGCUCCGGUGUCGAUGAUGUUCAACUGGACUGAUCAGCAUGUCUCCAAGGAGAACCCGUUGAAGGUUGCGGUCUACUAUGGGCCACGGAGACACUCCAUAAUUUUCGCCAACUACGAUGUGGUGGUGAAUAGUUACUCCACUCUGGCGGCUGAUUUCGCUGCUCCAGGAAACAGACAGACCUUCGAAGGGAGCUGGCACCGCCUAGUCCUGGAUGAGGCCCACAUCAUCCGGAGCAUUGAGCGCAUGAACUACAAGGCCGUCGACGCCGUAAAGGCACAUUCACGCUGGGCCCUGACGGGUACGCCUGUCGGCAAAGGCCUUAUGGAUCUGUGGCUGCUGAUCUGUCUCCUACAGACGAAGGACUCAUUGGAA